AUAAGAAACAGAGAAUGCCUUGGAGAGUCUCGGAGAACAGAGGUGAAAAUCUUUGAGGAAAGUUAAAUGAAUUCAUCAAAUUCACCAUUUUUUCUUCAAUUCCUGUUCAUCUUCUUCGCCAAUUUUCUAUUUCACGAAACACCAUUUCACGUUUUAGGUCAACAAACCGAAGAUUCUCAACAUGGAUAUGGGUUUGGGGGCAGAGUUCUUAUGAGUUUGAAAGAAAAACCCGCAGGAAGUAACUUUACCUUUGAUUGUGCUCCUUCUGGUCCUUGUGUUCCUUGCAUCUACUCUGAGAAGGGUGAUGAGAAAUAUCGCUGCAGUGAGACAGGGUAUCGAAUUCCAUUCAAAUGUGAAGAGAGUAAAGGUUCAAAGAAGGAUGCUGAGAAAACAAAUCCUAAGAAAACUCGGACUGCUUUGGAAAUCUCUAGUAGUAUUGCAAAAUCUCAUAAAGUUUCACAUGUUUUUGGAGCGGUAAAAACUUCGCAGCCACAUAGAACUUUACUGGAUGAUUCAUUGGCUUCAAAUAAUAAGUCACAAGCUUAUGUCACUUAUAGAAGCUGUAUACCCGCAGAUUCUGAAGAGAAGUUAUCAGUGCUUGGUUUUGAGGGUGUUGUGAUAUUCUUGUUGCUCAUUAGCGGAACAUUUGUAUACCUGAAAAAAAAGAGGGCCGCCGCCAUGUCCGGUUAUGUAGCAGCCGGAAGAGGUCAACCAAACUCUCGGUUUUAAAAUACAAGACUGCUGUAUGAUGAGAUUUCUUCCACUCUGAAACUUUUUUUUCCUUCCAUUUUUUUAAUUACAAUGUAUGAUAUUUGAUUGUUAUAGGAAAUGUUGUGUUUCAGCAAUAUUAUUUUUUUUUGUAGUGAUUCAAAUGUUGUAUACUAGUGACAUGAAAUGUAGUGUUACUGUUAUACCAUAAUUCUACAAAUGCAAUGGAGAAUCCUUUUUCUUAAUCAA